AUGUCUUCCGACAACAACGCUUUUGUCGACCUCACGUCCUCGCCCUGCUCGUCUCCUCGUUCUGCUGCGCGCGGCGCCCCUGCCACCGUGUCGACUGUCGAACUGGCCGAUCCCUCGCUGGACCUUGCCGGCGUGCGGGCCUCGCUGAGUGCACUGCAGCAGUCUAUUGAUCAGGUCGAGGCACUGCGCGAACUUCGCUCGGAUCAUGAGAUGCUGCGUCGCGAGUUCCUGGCUACAAGACGUCGCGCGGAGGAUCUGGAUCUUCAGCUCACCGACGCGGCCAAUGCUGCGUCGCCGUAUGCGUUCUUCUGUCAGCACAAAUACGACGUGGUUCACCACAUGUUGGAAUCCACCCGGUCGGAGCUCGCUGAGUGCCUGAAUGCAUUGCAGGAGUGUCUCGAUAACUCUUGUGAGCUCGAGGCUUGCCACCUUCGGUACCGUGACUUGAAGAUCCGCUACAACGAGGCCGUGUCCGAGUUCCAAGACCGGAUUUGCACGCUCGAGGCACAGCUGGCGGCCGCCUCUUCGUUUGGCGUGAUCGUCCCGCCCGAUACGGCUCGUCGCAUAGCGGAUUUGGAGUCCCAGCUUGCGCGGUCACAAUCUGACUUACAAGUCGCGCGCAAUCGUCACUCUGCCCUCGCUUCGAAGCUUCGCGAAUCAGCUACGUCCCACAAGGCUGCUCAAGCCGAUGUAGCUCGUCUCGAAGCCGCGAUCAAGCGCAAGAACCGUAAUCGACGCAGCGAGUAG